AUGCAACUAAAGAAAAACCGAGGUGACAGUGUUUCACAAAAUGAGUAUGCUAAAGUAAUUGGAAGUUUGAUGUUUUUGAUGAACUGUACUCGGCCUGAUGUUGCUUAUGUUGUUAACAGACUUAGCCGGUACACUCAUAACCCUAGUAAAGAUCAUUGGGGUGCACUUAAUAGAUUGUUAAGAUAUCUAAAGGGCACCAUGGAUUGGGGUUUACACUAUGUUAGUUAUCCUAAAGUGUUAGGGGGAUAUUGUGAUGUAAAUUGGGUUACCGAUGAUAAAGAAGUUAACUCCACUAGUGGAUAUGUGUUUACAUUAUGUGGUUGUGCUAUUUCUUGGAAGUCUUCUAAACAGACUUGUAUAGCUAGAUCUUCUACGGAGUCUGAGUUUAUAGCUCUAGAUCUAGGAAGUCAAGAGGCCGAGUGGUUAAGAAGUUUAUUGGCUGAUUUACCGCUGUGGGGGCACCCAACUCCCCCUAUCUCUCUACAUUGUGACUCAUAA